AUGAAUGAAAAAUUAAACGAAACGAAAGAAGAAAAUACACAAAAUGAGGAAGGGGUGUAUGCAAAUUUGACCCAUAAGGGAGAUAAUAUUUUUGUACCCACAUGCUUUGAUGAAAACUAUCUAAAUAUUAACAAUCGUAUAGCGGAUAAAAAUUGUCUUUUUUUAUCACAUUUACAUGAUAAAAGAAACAAUCCCGAUUGUUAUUUAGGGAAUGUUUCGAAUGUAAAUAUGAGAAAUACAUAUGACACCACAAAAUGCACCAUAAAUAAUUUCAUUAAUGAAGGGGAAUGUAGAACCCCUCGAGGAGAUAGAAAAUAUGUUUUGGUUAUGGAUCAUAAGACGAAUAACGCCAAGAAUAUAUCAAAUAUUUUAGUUAACAAUCAAGAAAUUUUUAAUCAAAACGAUGAUAGUUGUUCGUACGAUGCAAAUUCCAAUAUGGGAAUUCCAGAUAAGAAGGAAAAUCAAAAGAAUUACGUAAACAAUUACACAAAUUUGAAUAGUAACAGUUACACUAACGUGAAUGGUAAUAGUUACACCAACGUGAAUGGUAACAGUUACACCAACGUGAAUGAUAACACUUACACAAAUGUGAAUGGUAACAGUAACACCAACGUGAAUGAUAAUAAUUACUCGGUACCCACAUUAUGCAGUAAUUACAAUGAUUUAAUUUUUCACAAAAAUGACUUGUGUAAUGGUGAAAUAAAUAAUAUUAUUUUGGAAGAAACACAGGUAGGGAACAGUAAUUUACAAUGCAGCCACAUGAAUAUUAUACCAGAGCCGUGCAGUGACAAUAUGGUAAUUUAUCCGAAUCAUAUUAAUAAUAUGGAACAGGAUCGUAUAAUUAAUACCAAAGUCGAAAUUCCAAAUUUCUAUAAUCGUAAUAAUAACAAUGCAACUCUUGUGAAUUACUUAAUCGAAAACAGUGAUCAGAAGUAUAUACAAAAUAAUUUAAUGAGCUAUGAAUCUGUCUGGAGAGGUAGGAACGAUUUGAGGAGUAAUAAUCUGUGUAAUAACAAUCUGAGUGGUAGCGGAGCCCAAGGCAGUGCUCAAAAUAGAAACGAGCACAUUGCAAAGUGUGGUAACAUGGUGCAUUACAAUCAAGAUUGCACGUCGUUGCCAUAUAAUGAAUAUGCAUAUUUAAACCACCAUUUCAGCAAGAAUGAUACAAAGAACAGUAUAAAUAUUACCAGUGAUGCAUAUUUUAAUAACAAUCCAAGAAAUAAUUUAAUAUAUAAUCAAAAUUUAUACCCGAAUUAUGGUGGUGACAUUGGCGAUGGUGCUAAUAAUGGAAUCUAUCCUAACGAAGACAUAAUGAUAGCACCAGUUACUGAAGAAUCACAUUUAAUUUCUGAAAAGACAUGUAUAACUAAAAAUGAUAAUUACAACAUUAGUAAUGACCACCACACAACAACGCCUCAUGGUGUUAUGACUAAUCAAAUGACUCCCAUGAAUAACACAGAAUCAUCAUUACCCACAAAUGAAUGGAAUAAUAACGAUCUUAACAACACACAUAUGAAUACUUUAAAUUAUCGAAUUGGGAAGAAGUAUAACAUUUUGCAUAAUAACGAACAACACCCGAUAGGUAACAGUGCUUAUAUGCAAAUUAACCACGAUCAUCAGCAGAAGCAAAUGUUUCUAAGCAAUAAUCUAUCUUUGAGUAGAAAUGAAUUUUCAUCCCAUGAUUUCAUGAACGGCAAUUCUAUGCAUCUACACAACACUUAUGUUACUUAUCCAGUGAGUAAUGAACAACCAGGGGGAGCAAGUUUUAGUAAUCAUGUUUGCACCAAGACGGAUGGCAUUUCCAAUUCUGCUGAUCCUAUCCCUUUUCACAAUCUUGGUCGUAAUUGUGGCGAUAAUUAUGAUCAUAACUGUGGCUGUAACUAUGGAAGUAACCAAGUGAACAAUGAUAUACGUAUCUAUGAGUUCAAACAUACCAAUAAUCAUAGCAGUAACAAUAAUAGAGAUCACAUAUCACACGAAGAAGGAGGAAAUCCAAUGGAGAGUGAACAAGUACCAAUUCAAUUUGAUCAACAAACGAAUACUAUUAAAAAUGAACGAAUUCAUGACGAGGAAAGAAGAAUUAAGCACCCAUUAACAUUGAAUCAAUAUGUACAUGCCAAUAGUUGUAUCCCAUUGAUCAACAGAAACGCAAAAAGUAAUUUUUUCCCCACUUUUGUAAAUAAUAAAAUCGAAGAUUGUAAAUAUUCAGGGGAAGAGGGAGAAAUACCAAUGAAUGUUAACUAUUACGUUAACAACUCAGAAAAAAGUGGAUACCCCAUUGAUGAUAAUCAUAUGGAAAAUCGUGGAAGGCAGGUGAAAUGGGACAAAAGCAACAAAAUUCUUGGUGAGAACAGUGAGUUGACACCAGCGUGGUUAACACAAGGGAGCUACCACGAGGAGAUUAUGAAUGGCCCGAUGAAUGGCCCGAUGAAUGGCCCGAUGAAUGGCCCGAUGAAUAGCCCGAUGAAUGGCCCGAUGAAUAGCCCGAUGAAUGGCCCGAUGAAUAGCCCGAUGAAUGGCCCGAUGAAUGACCCGAUGAAUGGCCCGAUGAAUGACCCGAUGAAUGACCCGAUGAAUGGCCCGAUGAAUGACCCGAUGAAUGACCCGAUGAAUGGCGAGAAAAUGAGUCAAAAGAGUAUAAUUCAAACCAAUGACAAUUGCUAUAACACUUUCAUUACUCGUAACUCCCCUAUUAAUAAUAACGCUUUGGAAAGUUCAAGUAUCAUGGCGGAGAGAAAUAUAAGUAGUAGUAAUUCUCACUUGCUGAGGUUGUCGAACACACAAAAUGGAAUUAAUAAUGAAAGUAAAGAAAUUUUACAGCAGAUAAUGAUGUAUAAUUUGUACAUGCAGUCGUUAUUAAAUAAUCCCAAUGGUGUAAUUGAGAUGAAUCCACAUGUUAAUGAAAAAAAGGAUCAAUUAAUAUUAUUUAAUUUAAAAAAUAUGCAAAAUAAAAUAUCUAAAAAAAUUCCACAAAUAAGUAAUAAUUAUUUAGCAUAUUUAGAUUAUUAUAUAGGUUCAUUGAGACUAUUAUACAAUAAAGUGUUAAGUAACAGAAAUUUGAUAUUUAUAUUGGCAAAAGAAAUAUUUUCUAAAAAAACAAAAAAUGAUAAAAUAAUAUACAAUAAUGAUAAUAACUCCUCCACAUUUGACUCCAAACAUUCAUAUGUUCAAGAAUUAUUAACAGCACUUUUACCGAAACCUCCCAUUUUCCCACCAUUCGAAAUUUGGAUUUAUAUGGGGAAAAAAAAUGCUAGUCAUUUACAUAAACUUCAUUUAACUAUAUAUAUAAUUUAUCAGAAAAUAAUUUGUAACAUAUCAAAUAUAUUGCUAAAAAUAAAUAACGACAUGGUGAAUUACACAAGUAAGAAUAAAUUUAGCAAAAGAAAUGGAACCGAUUCGAUUAAUGACUAUGUGCAUGACCAUGCAGAGAGAAUAAAACGACCGGACUUCCCAUUUUUAGGAAAUGGUAUCAGUGACAACAUUUCCAAGGAGGAAAUUUCUGACAAUCUGGACUACCCCAUCGAUCCUUCUUCCGUUGAUCAUAUGGAAAUGGCGAAUCAUGCACCAGAUGUGAAUGUCGUCAUACCAGGUGUGAAUGUCGUCAUACCAGAUGUGAAUGCCAUACCAGAUGUGAAUGCCAUACCAGAUAUGAACGCCAUACCAGAUGUGAAUGCCAUACCAGAUGUGAAUGCCAUACCAGAUGUGAAUGCCAUACCUGAUGUGAAUAACACAUCAGAUGAUCCUAAUACACAUGAUGACAAAUGCUUAGCAGCCAAUGCAGCAUGUGUCCCCAUGGAGGAAGAAGGGAUGGAAAAUCAUGAGAACUACACGUAUAGCAAAGAUGGUGAAAGGAAUUACAAACAAAUGGACAUACCGAAAAAAUGCUUAUUCAGAAUUGACCAGAAGUUAGAGAAUAUAAUGGAUUCAAUUAAUAACAUAAGUGAAAUGAUGAACAUGUGGAAAGAAUCAAAAAUUCCUAACGAAGAACGCCACAUAAUUUCUGAGGUUAACGAAAUAGAAAACAGGAGUAGUAGCGGUAAGAGGAAGCCAUCAGUUGAACACACGGAUGAGGAAAGUGACCAACCAAACUUGUUACAGAAAGAAGAACAUAAAGGUGUUGCAUGUGAAGAGGGGGAUGGAAACGAAUAUAAUGAUAAGAAUCAAGUUGAAAAUGAAGGGGAAGCUAUUGCUAAACAUGUGCAAAAUAUAAGUGAAUCUAUUACCAUAGAGGAAACCCUCGAAGGAGAGGAAGGAGAGACAGAACAUGCAGCAGAGGCAGCACAUGUGGUUAACCCGAAGGAUAGACAAAUAGUUGCAUACGAUGAUUUAAAAAAUAGUGAUAAAUCCUUUUUUGAAAAAGUGUCCAAGAUAAAAUUGGAUUAUAGAAAUUCCGUAGGCAAAGAUUGUCCUUUAAAAUUGUUAAACGAAUUGAAAAAUGAAUUGCAAAAUGUGUAUAAGGAAAUACGAACUUUAAAAAAAUAUGGUAAUUACAUAUCCAGUAGUAGUAACAAGGAGAAUAGAAACUCCUUAGAAUUGGUGAAUCCAAAGAAUAUCUACGUCUCCACCACUGCAACUUCGAAUGAUGACUGUGAUGUAGAUUCUGAUGUGAAUCUAAAAACACCAGAUGAGACAUUCUAUUUGAAGAGCUUGUUAUGUAGCGAAAAUAUAAAUUCGAAUUUUCCCAUAAGUUCAUGCACGAAUGAUUUUUACAACUUUUCGAAUAACAAAAAUGGAAGUAAGGAAAAAUUGAAAAAACAAAACAAAUUGCUAAACAGUCUCAUAAAUAGUACUAUAUGUUCUAAAGAAAAUAUGAAUAAUGAUGUAAUAUAUGAUUUAAAUUAUAACGAUGAUAUUUUUAAAAAACUUAUAUUUUUAUCACGAAAUUUUUAUAAUAAUAUAUCCGAAUAUGAUAGUUAUUCCCUUGAUUCAUAUGACAAAAAUUCAGUCAAGUUAACAAAUAUUACUGAAUUGAACAAAUUUAGCUACUGUAUGAAUAAUGAGAAAUUAGUUUCCAAUAAACCAUUACUCCCCAGUGGUGAAGUAUACCAUGAUAAUUUCAUACAAUUGAAUAAAGAUGAACUUACAACCCUGAACCCUGAACCAGUAGAAAUACCCAGGCCUAUAAGCAACGAGAAUUGUGAAAUUUAUAUUUAUACUAAUGAGAAUCAAGGUUCUUCUUCUCCUCCUGUCAAAUUGGAUAGAACCCUCUACAACUGUAUCCCAAAUUUAGACACAUGCAAUGGGAGAGGACUUAGCACAGGGGUGGUACUAUCCAAUAGUAAUCUUGUACAAAAAAUGAAUUACAAAAAUACAAAUUUGCAAAACAGUUGUGAGUUCAAUAUUCCUGAAAAUUCAACUUUUAAUAAUCACAACAAUGAGAAGGGUAAAAAUAAUUCCCUUUUGGUACAACCUGUUGAGGAAAAAGAAGAUAAGGAAAAUGUGCACAAAAUGGAUUCACCUUUAACUGAUAAUGUUGUGCUAUCGAAAAAUAACGAAAUAGUACCUCUAAUUGAUGACAUUAAACUUUGUAAUAACACCAUAGGGCAUGAUUACACGGUUUCACCAAUGAGAAUUUGUAUGAACAGUAACAAAGAAAUCUUUUUGAAUAGGAACAAUGAGAGCUACAUAGUAGGUAAUCCAUCAAAUCAUAAUGACCAAGCCCUAUUUAAUGACAGUUCAGAGUUCAAAAAUGAAUUUAGGGAAAAUUCUCAAACGAUGGUUUCACAGAAUAGUGUAAACAAAAAACAUAACUAUGCAUCUGAUGGAUCCUCGGAUAGUAGAAAAAAUGGCGUAAAUUAUAGCAACUUUUAUUUAAAUUCUAAUAAUGGAGAUUAUGAACAAUUGAAAACACAUUGUAGAAGUUCAUUGGCGAGAAGUGACAACAACAAUAGUGGUGUUCAAAGUCAAAAGGAAAUUCCCCUUAGCGAUGCACAAAAUGGGCUUCAUAAUAUGAGCCAUAGCAACCAAUUUAAUCACCUGAAUCGGGACAUUGAACAGAUUCAUGACGGCCUUGCUUCUGCUUCUGCGGAAGAUGUGGAAAACGCGCAUCAUAGAGAGAAUAUCCCCUUUAUGAAGGAAAAAAAUACGUACGUACAUGACUCAGGGGUGCCUGAUGCAUUUAUCAGGAAUAAGAAUAAUCAAUUUGUAUAUUCAAAAAAUGAAGAACUAAUAAAACAAGGAGGAAACCUAAUGAACAAUUAUUACUGGGAGAAUGAAAUAGCCAAAACUGAAAAUUCUAAUUAUCCAUUGAACAAUAGACAAAAUAUGUAUUACACGAAUGGAGAAAAUUUAUCAACAUACAUUAUAAACGAAAAGGGAUUAAUUAGUAAUAACAAUAUAGAAAAAUAUGAAUCCUGUAAUCCAAGAGCAUAUGAAACUAACAUGAAUGGAAACAUGAGUAAUAAUGGUUCCUUUCAGGGAUUCAAUGCACCAUUAGCUUAUGUGCAUGAUAAUGAAAAUUACAUUAACAAUAAUUUAACAGGAAAUGAACAGAAUUAUAAUAUACUUAUAUCCCCUUAUGAUAAAAAUCAAGAAUUUGGUAUUAUUAAUUGUAUGCCUCUGCAUGAAUGCACGUCGAAUGAGUGUGUUUCACGUGAUUGUACAACAGGUGGACAUGCAUUAAAUGAAACAAAUUUGCUAAAUCAUAAAGAAAUAAACAAUAAUGUAAAUUAUUUCAUUGAUGAGAAUUCAAUUUCGAACAUGUUCAACAGUUCAAGUAUGCAAAAUGAAGUUCAUAAUAGAAUUUUUGAAAAAGAAAUGAAAAGGAACAAAUUCACAACAAAUGAAAUGAUGGCCCAUAAUGCCAGGAAUCAAUUGGCUAUUAAUCAAUAUACAAAAUGUGAAGAUCAAGGGUGGAAUGUGAACUAUACAGAUAAAGAACCAACAAAAAUGACAAAUGCUACAAGCACAGGUGAGGUAAACAUGUUUAAAGGUGGAAAUAAGGAAGAUGAAAUUGUCAUAGAAAAAAGGAAUAAAAAUAAUAUGAAAUACUUAAAUAACAUCGAGUUAAGGGACACAACAGAUGAUGUAUCAGAUUGUGAAAUAAACAAUGGUGAUAUUUACAACCUAGGAGAUGACGAUGAUGAAAAUACUCUUGAAGAAGCUGCUUCUAAUAUAAUAAAAAAUGACCUUGUCACGAAUGACGUAUCAGAAUGUUUGAAGAUCACCCAAAAUGGGCUAAACGGCGCAAACUGCGCAAAUACAGAAUUGUGGACCGAAGAAGACAUAAAUUUAUGUAAUUUAAAAAGUGAUGAAAUGAUGAUGAACAAAAAGAAGAACCCCCUGCAUAAGAGUGUAUCCACUGGAUCACCCAAUGAUCAUUCUGAAAUUCAAAACCAGAAAGGAGAAAAUUUAGCAAAUGAUAUAAAUAAAAUAAAAUUAAAGAAAAUGCUUGAAAUUACUGAUAAAUUAAUAGGGAAAAAAUACAGAGGUAUAUCAUAUGAUCCUACAAGAAAUGGAUGGUCAACCUUUGUAUAUAAAGAUGGAGUUCGACAUAAAAAAUUUUUUUCUUCCUAUAAAUAUGGAAACUUAUUAGCAAAAAAAAAAUCUAUAGAAUGGAGAUUAAAAAAUUUAAGCCCAGAUUCUCAUGCAUAUGCAUUUUCAUUAAAAGCUAAAGAAGAAUUCAAUGCCAUUCUAAAUGAUGAUUAUGAAAAUGUUAGUGAUAUGAAUUAUGACAAUAGAGAAGGGAGUAAUUUGGACAACUCAAAUAACAGGGAUAUAUUAUAUGUAAAUGCUUUUCUCAACCUUUUUAACAAUGAACAUGAAGAGAAGAAAGGAUCAUCUGAUGAAGAAGCAUUAUGUAAAAUGAGAAAAUCGAACAAGAGUGAAUUAACAAGAAAUUCAUCCAGAAAAAAUAAAAAGAACAGAGGAAAAGCAGGUGCAGUACCGGGAUGUGGUGGGCUUGUCCAUUCUAUGGGGAAAAAUAACGACAGAGUUAAAGAAAAAUCGGAGGAAUCCAAACUUUUCAAUGGAGUUAGUAUAAUUGCAAAGGAUGAUGAUGAUGAUGAUAACCACCAGGAGGAUAUUGUGACAAGCCCAAAUGGGAACAAUAAAGAUGGGAGUAGCAACAACAAUGGACGUACAAAUGAAUGUGCACAUGGAAGCGCACGUCAAAAUGGAUAUGAAAAAGAAAAUUGUAAAGAAAAUAAACUAGCAGAGCAAAAUACUAAUAUAAUCAGCCAGACAUGUGAUAAGGAUAACGUCGUAUUACCUUACAAUGACGAUUUGUUUGUUUACAAAGAUUAUUGCAUGAGACCACUAAAUGUGGGGGAGGAGAAGAAGAAUAUGAAUUCAACAAAUUCCCAAAAUGGAAAGGAAGCAAAAAAUGGAUCUCAUUGUGAAAUUAAUAAAUUAAUUACUAAUGAGCAAGGGAAAUCAAUGCAAGAAGAAAAGUUUUAUGAACAACAAUCAGCAUAUUACCAAAAUGGAAAUAGUGAAAACACGAAUCUAAUAGAUGAUUGUCUCAAUUCAAAUAAGUUAUCACUUCCAAACUGUGAUUUCAUCGUCCCAAAUGGUAAAAAAGUAGACACAUUAUUUGUAAAUGAAAAUAAUUGCUCAUUUAUCCGAUGGGGUGAAGGAAAUGGAAAAAAGAGAAAAAGGAGCCAUAUCACAAAAGAUGGAGAAAUUUCUAGCAGAACAAGUGAGGGAAGUAGAAGUAAUAGUAGUAGUAGUAGUACAGUAAGGAAUGGAAAAAUUAAUUCUGUAUGCACACGUGAAACAUUGAAUAAUAGUGUGUAUUCCCAACACGAUGCUGCGUUGGGUGAUUGUAGCGAAAAUACCAUCUGUGAUGAUUUCAGUAGUUAUGAAUUAGGAAAUUGUAAUAAUGGCAGAGAUUAUCCAAGUGAUGGAAACGAUAAGGAUAUGCCACAAAAGGAGCUGAAAUUCACGCAGGUGCAUUCUAUAAAUGGAAAUUGUUCCAUUAAUAAUGACAUUAUAUAUACAAAUGAAAGAAACACGCGUAGGAAUGAUAACUGCAUAAACGAGAAUAUUCUUGAAUUCACUAAAAAUGGGGAGUUGAAAAAUGAAAAUUUUAAAAUUUCCUCUUGUUAUAGCAGUGAAAUAAAUAGCAACAAUAAUUUUGCACUAUUAAAUAAUAGCACAGUUUAUUAUUCAAAUGAAAAUUGUGUAACUAAUGGACAUAUUGCACGAAACAGUAUGAUGGUCACCACUUCCGAUGAAAUGAAAAUUAUGGAUACAUUAAAUCCCGCACAAUGUGAUAAUAUUGACCUAGAACAAAUGAAAGAAUGGACUACCAAGCAAAUAAAAUCGUCUGGAUGUCAUGAACAGAACAAAAAUAAUUGGUGUUAUGAGAAUAGAACCAAUUUUGGUCAACUUAAUCAAGAAAUAACAAAAAAUGUAAGUAUUCAAAAUGAUCAAAUUGGGAGAGAGGAGUUCUUGCAUUCUCAGGAUCAUAGCAGCAGAAAUAAGAGAGAUGAACUUGGGGAUGAAAUUUUUAACGAAAAUGGAACAACUGACAUACCUGCACGAGCAAAUGGGAAUAAGCAAAAUAUGUUUUUCGAAAAUAAAUAUGCAAAUGAUGAAAAUUAUUUUCUCUAUAAAGACACCCUGUUGAAGUAUAUGAACGAAUGUACGUGCACAAGGGAAGAGGAAAAAGUGGUUUUCCUUAAAUUCUUGAAAUUAAACACCGAAUGGAUUUUACUAGAACUGGAAGAUUUGGAGGAGAUGUACCACUCCUAUUUCAGGUCAAAAAUUGAGGCAUUCUACAAGACAUACUUGACAAAAAUUGGCAAUGCUAACAGUUUUAGAAACGACACAGUUGGAUCAGCUGUAGCAGAAGUGAAAGCAGGGAGAGAUACCAAAACAAACGUCAGAACAAAGCCAAUGACACCAAUUAGCCAAUCUAGUGUUAUCCCAUCGAGACGCAGUGAACACAUACGAGAUCUGCAACUGAUUUUUGAGAAGAAGCUGAACACACCAUGGAUGUGCAUGGUUUUCCCUAUAUACUUCCUCUACACAUUGAACUAUAAAAUUUACAGUAUCCUGAAAAGUAUGAAGAAGAAAAAAGUGAAAAGCACGAACAAUGAUAAAGACAAGCAUUUGAAAUGCAAAUUGAAAGGAGUAAAUUUUAUUAAGUAUAAAAAGGCAUGGUGUUUUACCUAUGUGGACGUAGAUGAUAAGAAGAAGAAAAAACUUUUCCCGAUAAGUGAUUAUGGAUUUAUGGAAUCAAAAACUUUGUCCAUAUUGUAUAGAAAAAGCUUCGUUUUUCACUUAACAAAAAUGUACACUUUUUUAAAAAAUGUUAUAUUCAAGAGUAAAAUGGGAGAAAAUGGAGGAUCAGUAGGAACUCUAAAUAAAUUCUUAAAACCCCAAUAUAUAAAUGACUAUAUUGAUUAUUUUAAAAAGUAUGAAGAAUUUCUAGUAUGUUAUGGCAAAAUUAUAUAUUUCAAUGAAACAAAAAAGAUAUAUCAUACAACAAAUAAUAAGCAAGAUGCUUUGAAUUAUGUACCAUUUGAAAUAAGACACAAAAUACCUGAAGAAAUAGAACCAAUAAAUUUAUUAACAGCAACGAGAAAUUACUUUUCCAAAAAAUCACAAAUGAUGAAAUUCCCAAAAGGUAUUGUAUAUCUAUCUGGCUACUUCUUAUGGGUUCUAUUAUUUCUAAAUAAAAAUAAUAAAGAAGUUAUUAUCUCAUUUUCUGUUCGAAAAUAUUCGUUCGAAAUAGCAAAAACUAAAUGCAUCGAAUGUUAUUAUUGUUUGUUGUAUAAGUAUAAAUUUCGUCCAGUUAACAUAUCAGGGGUUGUUGAUUUAGUGCUAGAGAGUGAUUUGGAAUGUAAAAGUUAUAACUUGCUGGAUUAUGAAACAGAAGAUAUAAUGUCAUUAGAUUAUUUAUUUUACUUAUUUGCACCAUCGAAUUAUGUACUUCAGCAUGAGACCAUAUAUAAAAAAUUUACACUUAACCAUCAUCAACAUGACAAUAAUCUGCGUAUGCAGAAGGAAUAUGAUCAAUUUUUUCCAAACGAGUAUGUAUCUUUAGAGACUUAUCAGACUUACCAGAUUGAAGAUGACCAUCCUGUGGUAGCAAAUGAAUUCAACUCCAAAAAAAUACACGCCACAAGUGUUGAAUCCUCAUUAUUUGAGUUUUUACCAAUGCAUUAUUGCCAGACGGAUAUAAAUACACGCAAUCAAAGAGAAUAUGGAGAGGAAAACGAAUGUACAUCCAAAAAUUGUUUCCAAUCGACAAACGAUUUGCUUCUUCAUCUUGAGAAGGAACAAGAGAAGAAAGAUAUUCCACUUUAUUUUACAGAUGACGAGAAGGGGAAAAAUGUUAUCAUGAAAAAAAGGGAUAUUUAUAUGGAGCAAAGUUUUAAAAGAGGAUAUGAAUAUGAUGUGAACUUAAAGGAAUCAAAAGAAGAGACAAAAUCUGACAAUUGCUGGAAGUACAAUAAUUAUCACACCCUUCAUAGAAAUAGUGAAACUGACGAUGAUGAUGAUGAUGAUGAUGACAGUGAUGGCGACAAUUCACAUGAACAAAAGGAUACAACUACACAAUGGAUAUACAACUCUGACGGAAAACCAAAGGAGAAUAAUAAAACCCCUCCCGGUGAUGAGAAUAAGGAGAGAGAUAUUUCCAUAGUACAUGAUACAAAUAUAAAGGAUUCAAAAGAAGAAGAAAAAUUGACAAGUUAUAAUAAAGGUAAUAACGACGAAGGAAGAAGUAAUAAUGACGAUUUGGAAAAAUGUGGAGAAGAAAAAGAGCAGCUGAAUGGGAACAGUUUAUUCACAAAGGAGGACAACAACUGUAAGCAGAAUUCCAAAAGCAGUGAUAAAACAUUUACAAAUAAUACAGAGUAUUAUAAAGACAUUUUGAAUAAAAAUAUAUUUCACUUUUUUGAUAACAAUAUACAAGAUGAUUAUUUAAAAAAGAAUUAUGAUGAAUUAUUUAACAAUAAAGAAGAAACAAAUAUUUUGUUUAAAAAGAUUAACCAAAAAGAAGAACACUUAGGAAUUUUUAUGCUACUUAAUUGUCAAUGGCUUUCAGAUUCAUUCGUAAAUAAUAUAAAUCAAAUUGAAACAAAAUAUGCCGACAUUUACUCUUUUGAAAAUUAUAGAAAUACUCGUGAAGAAGUUUUGAAUUGGAAAUGUAAAAAAAAUUUUAUUAAAGAUUGCGCAGAUAUCGCAAAAAAAUUUCCACGAGUUGUUGGAGUUCAUUAUGAUUCCUAUGCCCAUGCAUGGGUUGUCAAUUGUACCUUUAAGGGAAAAAGAAGGGACAAAAAAUUUUUGGUUAAAACAUUUGGAUUUUUGCAAGCGAGGAAAUUGGCCAUCGAGCAUAGGGAAAAAUGGCAAAAAAUGCGAGCCUUGUCAACUGAGAAGAAAAACUGA